GGCUGCUGUGUUCGCGCGAAAUAUACACGAUCGGCGACAAUAAGUGCGCUAGAUCUGCCGCUUUUACCACCUCUACGGACUUAAAGACCGCAGUCCCCCGGCUCUGAAGAGAAAACAUGAUUUUCCGCUCCAUAGUGGACGCACAGCGGGGCAGACGUAGACAGAACGCUUUGCCUGCUCAGCCUUCUUCCCCUCCCUCCCUGGGCUUCCUGCUGUCAGGGUAUGGCUGUGUGCGACGCGAUGAGCAUGUCUCCUACGGUAACCUAGGUGACACCGUCCCUCCUUUUGGGCUGGCCUUCUCCUCUGCUGCUAACCUCCAGAAUGUGCUUGCUGUGGCCAAUGAAGAGGGCAUCGUCCGAGUGUACAACACAGAGAGCAGGAAUAACGUGCUGCUCAAAGAGUGGUUAGCUCAUGAGAAUGCUGUCUUUGACAUCGCCUGGGUCCCGGGAGAGUCUCAGCUGGUGACCGCUGCAGGGGACCAGAUGGCUCGGCUCUGGGACGUCCACUCGGGGGAGUUACUGGGCAGCUUCAGGGGCCACCUCUGCAGCCUGAAGUCUGUGGGCUUCACCCCCAACGACAAAGCUGUUUUCUGCACUGGAGCAAGAGAUGGAAACAUCAUGGUCUGGGACACACGCUGCAGCAAAAAAGAUGGCUACUACAAACAGGUGAAGCAGAUCAGUGGUGCACAUAACAAAGCCGAACCAAACUCUGUGCAGAAAACCAAGAAGAAAAGAGGCAGCACUCGAGGCAUGGCUCCCAGUGUGGACAGCCAGCAGAGCGUGACUGUGGUACUGUUUCAGGAUCAGCACACGCUCAUCUCCUCUGGGGCCGUGGAUGGUGUCGUGAAGAUGUGGGACUUGAGGAAGAACUACGCUGCCCACCGCCAGGAUCCUGUGCCUCUACAGACCUUCCCCUACCCCGGGUCCAGCAUGCGCAUGAGGCUAGGUUAUUCCGGACUGGUGUUGGACUCUAGCAGAUCCAAUGUGAUGUGUAACUGCACUGAUGACAAUAUUUACAUGUUUAACGUCACCGGAGUCAAAACGUCUCCAGUGGCUGUUUUUAGUGGUCAUCAGAACUCCUCCUUCUACAUCAAGUCCACAGUGAGUCCUGAUGACCAGUUCUUGGCCAGUGGCUCCAGCGACAACCAUGCUUACAUCUGGAAGAUGUCCUCUCCCUCCCAUCCUCCCAUGAUGCUCCAAGGCCACAGUGAGGAGGUCACAUCUGUGUCAUGGUGCCCGACAGACUUCACCAAAAUUGCAUCUUGCUCGGACGACCACACCGUGCGUAUUUGGCGGCUCUACAGAGAAGGUGAAGAGACGGAGUCGCGUUUGGGAAAGACUAACCUGGUGGGCUGGGCUCGCCUCAAAUCUCCAACAAGGCAUUCAGCCCGAGCUGACACCACUCCUGCCAAAACCCCCCACACACACAGCCUGGUCAGUCUGUCCUCUCCCAGACCGGCCUCUUGUGCCUCCAAUAACGCCUCGCUCCCCCUCCCCUCCAGCACCACCUCCGCCCAGUCCUCCCCCAAAACGUCCGCCCAACGCCCCCAAACGCCAACCUCCAUCAAGCAGUGGCUAUGUCCGAGUCAUGGAUCUCCUAGUCCUCUAGCCUCUCGAGUCCUGAGUCACCAAAAUGAUGCCACUACACCCCCUACAGAGCAACGAGUGAAACGCAGGCUGGAGGCAAGCAGUCCCUCUUGCUGUGGUGACAUAGAGCAGUGUGGCUGUGUAGCAGAGUUGAAUCCAGCUAAGAAAAGCCGAGUAGAGGGGCUGUGCUCUGAGGUGGAGAACGUAGGACCUUCUAAGGGUAAAGAAAACCUCAGGCCCAGCGCUGGGGGGAACUGGCUGUCUGCGAUGGGCCAGAAGAUGAGGAGCAGCCAGGGCAGCCCACGGAGGGUAGACGGGAGGACGCCUGGCUCUCCGGCUUGCUCGCCACAAUCUAUGAAGAAAAUAUCCACGUAUUUCACUAAGCGGACAUUGGAGUGAACACCAUCGAAUAUGCAUAUUUUAGCGAUAUUUUUAAUGAAUUUAAUGUAAUUUUUGGCCACAUUUGGGCGGUGUAAUUCCAACUAACUUCAGUUUGACAUCCAUUUGGUAUCUAAUGAGUGUUGUACAUUACCUCUGUAUCAUUUUUGUAUAUAGUUUUCAUAUUUAGAAUUGUGAGUGGAGCUGCUUGUACAGAAGAACCUGUUGGAUGUUGUUUUGGUUUAUUGGUAUGUGAUAAACUGAAGAAGAUCAGAUCUUAUUAAACAGGAUGUGGUUUUG